AUGGCUGUUGAGAAGUUACAAGCGCAAAGCAAAGCAGGAGUAAAUAGAAAGAAAAAACGGCGCAGAAAGCCGCGGCUUACUGGUCUGAGCAAGCAGAGACAGACAGCGAAUGCUCGAGAACGUUCUCGGAUGAGAAGUAUCAGCGCCGCUAUGUUAGAACUAAGGUAUCACCUGCCUUCGUCCUUCGCUCCUAAAGAGAAGAAACUGUCCAAAAUACAAACACUGCGCUUUGCAAUCCGCUACAUUGGAGACCUGUUUGAGGUGCUUCAGAAAGGCCAGGAGUCAGAUAGUGAAACAAGCUCUGUUGAGAGUGAAUCAAACACCGUGAGAGAGGGUCGGUUCAAAGCCGACAGUUAUGAUAGACGACAGCGUUUCAAGAUUGAACGAGAUAAUCCGUCGUGUAUGUAUUUGAAAGAAGCCCUGUCUCAAACCUAUCUGUAAAGUUCAUAAAUUUAUAGAGGAGACCAUGAUUUAUCAGUUUUAUGAAAUGAAGCAUUUCACCGAAUACCAAAUAAGUGUUUACGUCAUGAUCAUGAUGGGUUUUUAAUCGCGUGGAAUAGGCAGGUUAUUAUCAGAGAUAAUCACUCUCACUUGAACUAAUCUUAACUUAACACGUCCUUGACUUUUAAUCAGAUCUCAACAGUACUUCGUUCAGCGAACUUGACAUAAAGAAUCAAGCGUAUAUCGGAUGCGAAGUCUGAAAACUGUCUUAAAGAAAGGUAAACGAAAACCUUGUUUCAACAUCGCAACCAAGUUGCUUUCCCGAUGAAAAUCGAGAAGAAUCAAAUAGUGUUGUUUUAAUUAGUAAUUGAUCUUUUUGGAUUGGGAAGAUAUUUAGGUUGAAUUAGUUUUCCGCCCUUUCGCGUGAGAUAUCAACACUCCACAUGCAACAGGAAAUUACGUUUUUUCAUCACACACUAUUCGAGACGCUUGCCGUGUCGCGUGGAGAGCUACAGAAUUUCUCGGCGUUUAUCAUAUACAUAUACAAAUUCUUAAGAUCUGAUUAGCACGAAGGAUCUACAUACUUUGAUAUCUGUAUAUCUGUUACAUUAUGGAUCAAUAAAGUACGAAAUGUUUUUGAAAUAGAUGGCAUAGAAUCAUUGUUUCAGGUUAAGUGCCUCAUGAAGUGUUCUCGAGAGACCCAGGAAACCACAAUGCAUUCUUUUCAUAAUACUACACUUGAUAACUCCAGUUCAAAAGGGAUUCUGUAAACAGACAAACGCUCCUGAGAACAGGGAGGUAUCGGUGUAAAAUAUAAAAACUGUGAAAUAGGUGAGACCACGUGAAAUAAGCGUGUUUUUACAUUUCUAUUGUUUAUCGUCAGCAAACUCGUUAGCACUUGGAAGGUUUUGUAAACACCGCGAAUAAUACAUGGCCGCGAUGCUUUCGUAAUUGUUUGAAAGCUUCGCCUGCAUGGGGCUCUAUUCGUUUGAAACACAGAAUUACGUAUUUACCUAUCCACGAGAUAAUCAAUGCCUAGUCUGUUAUCAGAAUUCUUUAUGUUAAAGAUCUGACAAAUUGUUUUAUUGAGUGCGAAAUCACAAGACAAGAUAAUGAGAGUUUAAAAGCUCAGGUCGGCGAAAAUUGCGUAAACGCCGUUGAUGUGUUGCUUAUUAAAAGUUCAUUAAACAAAACUUUAACGAAAUAAACAGAUGAGUAAAUAACAGUUUCGCGAAACUCAAUACACAAGUUUACCAUUACCACCUGACUAAACAAAAGCUUUAUUUCAACAACGGAGUUCUUUGUGAAGCCGCUGUUUUACCCCGAGGCUUGAAAUUUUUCGUGCUGUGCUAUUCUAGGCAUAAGUCGCGUGAAGGAGUCUUCAUUUAUAGCGGUGGUUUUUAGAGUUUUGACCUUGAAUGAAGUCACGGGUAUUGAAAAAUGCCGCCGUCAAAUGAAGAAAAUUUUACAAUCAACGAUUAUUUACGAGUUAAUAACAAUUAUUUGAAUCGUUGUUAGAGCCAACUUAAGUGAUUAACGGCGUGUUGCAAGACAAAGGGACGCUUUUGUCGAAAAAUGAUGUUUAAAAUUAGUGCUAACAAUCUGAGCUCGACGCAAAAGUUUACCGACUAGUAGGAAUAUGUCAUGGCGACUCUUCUGUUUCACUAAUAGGCAAACUAGUGAACGUCUCGCUAUUCAAAGCCUUUUGAUUCACUCCAGGCUCAGAGACACCCAGUGUCUAUAGACAUUCUUUCAAUGUUGUCAUAAGAACACAUCUAAUUAACAACGUCUGAAAACGUGUAACUUGUUUGGAAUUGUUCUCUGGUAGCAAAAGCGUGCCAACGUCUGUGGCGUGAGGUUUUAUUGUGCGAUUGAAUUUGAAAUACUAAAGACAAAACACCGGAUUGGCUUUGUUUAAAUUACGCCGGUAACGGCCUCUAAAGCCCACGUAACCCAGCAACAUGUAAUCAUAACACGAUUGUGGAAUACUAAGGCUGUUGUUUAAUGGAAAAUUUCUUUAGUCUUUUAUUUUACCAAACCCAAGGGUCAUGGGAGCCACUCUAUGGCUGGGAGACUUCUAAAGAAUAUAAAACUAGAGCAUAUAAUCAUAACACGAUUGCGGAAAACCAAGAUUGUUGUCAGUAACUGAAUCUUGUUCUGUUUUAACUUAUGGGUCAAACCCAGCGAUCGUGAAAUCAUUGUAUGGCUACUAGACUUCUAAAGUACAUAUUACCUCACAGAAUAUAAUCAUAUCACGAUUGAGAAAUACUAAGGCUGUUUUUUAAGUUACAGUUUCUUAACUCUUUUCUGAUGAGUCAAACCCAGCGAUCGUGAGAGCCGAUUUAUAGCCUGGAGACUUCUAAAGAACAUGUAACCUUACAGUAUAUAACAAUAUAUUCAUAUCACGAUUGUGGCGAACCGAGACCGUUGUUUAAACUGAUCUUUCUUCGGUGAUAAUGGCUCAAACCCAGCUGUCGUGCGAACCAAUCUAUGACAAUAAGACAUUGUGAGGUAAAGAUUUUGAAGUCUGCAAAAGAGACUGCGUCACGUAGCUGCCGGAAAUUAUUAAUAUCCGGCCAUCUCAGUUGCAAAAAUUGACAAGAUAUUGCAAUUUCUCGUGGACUGCAUGCUAUCAACUCCAUAUCAAGUUACGCCCAGGAUAUCGUCUAGUGGAAUCCUUGAGUAUGCCCUGUGAAUACAUUAAAAGAUCCGCACGUAUCGUACUAAUCGUAAGAAUCGACACACUACGAUGACAACAGACAAACCCAUGCAUCCCUAACGAGAUUCACGGAUCGACGGCACGACCUGUGAAUUCAUUAGACGAAUCGUGAAUACGUUAGACAAUCUGCUAGGAUCGUACGGAGGGUACGAAUCGAAAAAGUCCACCAUGACCUGAAAGACACUAGAACUAGAAGCCCGAAAGACUCUCAAGUGUUGAAAAAAUUUGAAGUCUCCCUAAUGACAUUCACGGAUCGAAAGCACAUCCUUACGACUCGUGAACAAAUUAGACGACUCGUACGGAUUGUUUCCUUACUCGGAACUGGUUAGAUCAAAUGACCACCACAAACCGUAUAAUAUCAAGCCAAGCUUUAAUAAUUAUUCGAUCUAAAAGAAAUACAUUUAUAAUUCGCAAUUAGAACAAACGCAAAUCAUGUCUUUAUCUUGUAACUAAAUUACAAAAUUUCAAUGUAAACUUACUUUUGUGGAGGGUCGUUACAACAGUCUCACUUUACGGGUUAGCAGAUUCUCCAGGUAAGCGGAUUUAGAGACAGAAAAACGAUAACAAAAUAACUUCUUCCUCACUUCGAUUCUGCUGAAAAACUGACUUGAAACAUAAUUACCUAACGCUUUUAAGUCAAUCUAUUGAAUUAAUGUCAAUCACGAUUCUUGUCAUCGAAUAAAUCUGUCAACAAGAGGCAACGCCUAUCUAUUAAACGAAACACGGAUCGUACGACUUAUGAAUACAUAUUACGAUCCGCACGGAUCGAUAACUCAGUUUUACGACUCGUGACUCAUUUACAAGCCGUGGUAUGGGACAAACUUCCUCAUUGGUAGUCAAUUUUUUAUAGCCCACCUGCAAACUCUGUUAGAGACGACUAAUCUCCCCCCAGUUCUUACUGUAAACCACGUGUUCCCCCCAGACACACCCCCCCUCCUCCUCCCAGACUUUAACAAUGGUGCAUUUUUCACCAAAAUCCAUCAGCCGGGACCUGGGACGAAUGCAUUACAAUUUCGAUCCCAGUCUCUUUACAAGCUAUUUUUUAUCGUAAGGUGAUAUAGAGAUCAGUUUAGUGCAAGCAAAAAGCUUGAUGGUUCCGUCGUGGAAAAAAAAGAAGGGGAAACACAGAAAGCUGCUACUAAUAAAACAAAAAACUUGUUGUGAAAUGUCUGUUCUUUGCGCUCCAAUGAUGUCCUCAGUUUAUAAUUUUUGGGUUUCCUCCUUCCGUGAGAUAUUUCCUCAUUUUAUUGACCUGUAUUUGACACUUCCUUGGGAUGGUUCUUAGAAUUGUGGUUAUUUAGAAGAAACUAUUUGCGACCUAGAUCCACAGGAAAAUCUACCGCACAGCCUGCGAAGCAGUUAUACUUUUUUAUUAUUUUGUAACCGCACCUUUCACUUGGGUAUCCCAGAUAGCUUUGCACUGCUGUGUGUCCCCGCUGAGGGGACACACACCAGUGCUUCGCUGAAAUAUACUCUAUGUUUGAGACGUGCGGACACGCUAAGAUAUACAGAUUAAUUGUGUAGCUCUGCUACACAGAAACCCCUUUUUCACUUUCACGGAGAUAUCAGUGAGGUAAUAAAUUUACCAACAUGGCCUUAUAAAGUUUGGGACUUUGUUUCACCGUUGUGUUAGUUAGCAGUGUCCAAAAGGCUACAAUUUUGUGGUAAAUUAUUGCUAAAUCAAUAUAAUCCAUACAAAAUGUUGCUUUGAAUUUUGGAAUAUCGAACUUGGGAGACAGUGGAGGAAAUAUUUGUGCGUGGAAAUGAUGUGAUAAACGAUAUUAAAUCAUAGAUAGAGUAAAAUACAUUUACUUAAAUGAAACUGAGAAUUAAGUACGAGGAAAGAAGAGCACCGGUGGUAUGUUUCUUCACACUUUCUGUACUUUGCAUUCGAAAAAAACUUCCCUAACUUCUCGGAACUCGGUCGGUGAUCGAGAGGAAACUUCUAUAGAACCGGAAAUAACUUAAGAGAAAUAGGAAGGUGGGAGUUUGAGUUACCGUAGAUAGAAUUCCACGUUACUUAACCCUUUAAUUCCCAUGAGUGACCAAGACACAAUUUCUCCUCACAAUAUCAAUAAAAUAUCAACCAGAUGAGUGAUGAGAAUAAAGAAAAAUAUUAAUUUGGGGAUAAUUUGUUGAUCUAAUACUAACUUCUCUGUACUAACAUUAUAAGAAUUGUAUGGUUUACAGUAAAGAGAAUUACGAAUUUGAUCUGGGAGUUAAAGGGUUAAGUAGCUCCGCCCUUUUCCCACCGAUUGACAACUAGGAGGGGAACUAUGACGACAACAAAAUUUUUCCGCUUCCGUUUCCAUUUACGUUAUUUUAUUUUCUUUCUUUUUUUUAUGGAUGGGUAGUAAAUCAACCAACACUUCCUAAUAAGGUCUUGAGCUUUGCUUGCCGUUGAGUGAGUUAGCAGUGUCCACAAGGCACUUGGCUUCAAUUUGUUUAAUCAACAUGAAGGGAAUCAGUAUUGAUAUCAUUUUUAUUGACGUUGUCUCUCUUGGGAAUGCUGAGGUAGCCACAAAACAUCCUUUAAUUGAUUACAAAGAACAGCUUAAUGGAUAUUUUAAAAUACUGCAUCUAGCAAUAACUCAGGCCAAUAUUUUGGAGUAUCGAUGACAACUAUUCAAUUUUUUUUUUGUGGCUUCGUCAUUAUAUGCGGGGCCGUUCAGCUCAUAUGAUAAUCUCUAAGAUGUUACUCUCAAUUUUGGGAGACACUUAGGGUGAUAUUUACGUAAAGAUAUUUGCGUCACCGUAAAUACCUGAAACCGAAUGUGAUAAAAUACAUUGAAUCAAAGACAGAAUGUGGAAAGAAUAGCAGCAAGUGUAUGACAUGUAUUGCGUGAGGUUUUGAGUUACAAGAAGUCGACUGAAUAUCCGUGAAAGCGCUCUAAAUUCCCCGCCUAGGUGGCUCCGCCUUUUUCCUCCCGAUUGGCCACAAACAUAUAAACGAACAUAAUCAAAAAGUAUUCCCAAUGACGAGGAUUCCUGUCGUUGCCUAUCAUGGACACUGUUUAUAGUGAAAGUGGUUCGACUGAAGACCAGAAAUCAAGCCACGUCCGGCCGGAAAAUUUUUCUAUCGAAACCAAAAGAGGACCUUUGAGUGCUGGCCUCCGUGAGACAAGAACAAAACAGAUCUUCAAAGUAAUGCAGUAUUUGGGUCUUGUUCAGGGAGAAAGAUGGAGAAAAUUCGGGCUCAUUUUUAUUCUGAUGAUUGUUGUUAUAACAUGGAUGCCACCAACUUUUCUGGCGAUCUGCGUGCAGAAAAACCCAACUAUGUCCUCACCAAGUGGCUUACCGACCAUCUUGUUACUCUCGGGCCUUGCUCUAUCGCAUCACUUCGGAGCUUUGUACGGGUUCAAGCAUCGUAAGAGACUGGAAAGGAACAUAAGUUUGGCCAUCGAACGAGCGAAUUUCUGCCGAACAUGCCUGAUCGUGAUCGUGACGUUUGUAAUGUUGACUUUGUCGUAUCUCGUUCUUUUAAUCUACUUGUAUGUCACGCAGUCGAUUCGCCCCAUUCCGUGGCUUCAGAUUGGCUUUAUCUAUUUCCUUGGGUAUAUUUACUGCGGUGCAAUAGGUGUAGCAAUGAAUCUAGCUUUUAGUGCAUCGUGCGCCGCUGUCAAAAUCAGGAUCACCGACUUCCAGGACAAGUUCGAAAACUGGUCCGAGGGACUUCGGGAGGCUCUUGUCGAGUAUCAAGAACUAUGCGAUUUCAUGAACGAAGAAAUCGAAUCAAUCAAAUGGUGGCUAUUGGCUAAUAUCGUCACUUUUAUUGUCAACUGGCUGGUCAAUUUUCAUUUGUGGCAGAUUCUAGGAGGCGAAGAUCAUGGUGAUGUGGUGAGGUUAGUGUUUUACAACUGUUCGUGGAGCCAGCCUCUUCCUGCGCCGAAGUUGCUCCUUAUGAACGGACUCAUCACUGGCUGCGAGGUGCUUUUCUCCUGUCUGGUCUUCUUCUUCUUCAUGUCGCCACUCUACUGGGCUGCUACGGUAACCAUCCAGUGCAACAGGUUCCGCGAAUGGGUCAACCGCACUAUAAUAGAAACAGAUGAGAGACCUCUCGGGAAUUUCAAUGUCGGUCGCUAG